AACAAUGGUUGAUGGGCCACCAUUAUAUAGAUCUAAACAUGUAUAUGUACCUCCUAUACCAAAGAGUAAAUUAGGUUUUGAUGAGAUUUAUAUGGUAAAUCUGCUACGUCGACCCGAGAGAAGAGAAAGAAUGAGAAAUACUUUAUAUGAUCUGGGAAUAGAUGCCAAAUUUUUUGAUGCUAUUGAUGGAAAAAAAUUGAAUGAUACGUAUCUGGAUAGUCUUGGUAUUGAUAUGCUACCUGGAUUUGCUGAUCCUUACCAUGGAAGGGCCUUAACAAUGGGAGAAAUUGGUUGUUUUCUUAGUCAUUACACAAUCUGGGAAGAGAUGGUGUCAAAAAAUUAUGAAAAAAUUCUAAUAUUUGAAGAUGAUGUUCGAUUUGAACCAUUUUUUGAUCGUAAACUAGCAAAACUGAUGAAAGAAGUUGAGGAGUUUGUACCUAACUGGGAUCUAAUUUACCUAGGUAGAAAAAGAUUAGAUCGUGACAGUGAAAUUAUGGUAAAAGGCAGCUCAACAUUAAUCUGGCCGAGUUAUUCAUACUGGACUUUAAGUUAUAUUCUGUCGAGGAGAGGGGCUGAUAAAUUAUUAUCACAUAAACCUUUACAUCGAAUGGUGCCAGUUGAUGAAUAUCUUCCUAUAUUAUUUGAUAAACACCCAACAGAAGAGUGGAAGAUACAGUUUAAACCCAGGAAUCUAGUUGGUCUGUCUGCUGAACCUCUAUUACUCUAUCCAACACAUUAUACUGGAGAAGCUAAUUAUUUCUCAGACACCGAAGAAUCGUCAGUUAUUGAAACUGAAGACUACGAUACAGAUAAUGAAGAAUCAUUAGUUGGAAAUACUGAACGUUUUAAUCCAAGUAAAAAUAUGGAUCUCCUGUCUAAAGAUGAAUUAUAGGUCUUCUGACACACACUAUCUUGAAAACAGCAGACAAAAGAUAUUUUGUAGUUUGAUUUGCAGAAUCCAUCCAAUUAUUCUUUUGGUAAUGAGAUAUAGUUUGUCACAUAUAGUUGUUUGCAUAUUAGCCAGUUUUCAUUUUAAAAGUGAAUGUGAGUUUUAUAGUAUGAGUUAGCACAGGUACACUGUAUGGUAUUUAUUUGUUAAAAUGCAGUGUAAAAUCCAUAGAAACCAUUCAGUUCUCUCUGUUUACUAUCCAAUUUUUUCGUAGCAUUUACAAACUGUGUUUAAUUUGAUUGGUUCAUAAGUUGGCAAGAAGCUUCAGACUCUUCAAUAGAAAUUUGAUCUUACUAAUAUACAUACAGUUAGAAACUAAGAAAUCUCCUAUUUUGUUAAUAAAGACUACGACAAGUUGGGAUAUUGUUAUACUCCAGUGACAUUCACUGAAACUUGCAUCUAAAGGAAGAUUCUAACUGUAAAUAGUAUUAUUCAUAACAUAUCACAACACAAGCAUAUAUGGAUAUAACUACUUCUCUAUUAUUUAAUAACCACGUUUCGUAACAUGUGACUUGUAUGUGUUACGAAACGUCGUUGUUAAGUAAUAGAGAAGUAGUUAAAUCCAUAUAUGCCUUGUGGUGUUUUGUCAUGAAUAGUUAACCAUGCUUCUUGAUGUCAUUUAAAGAAUUAACACUAUUUUUGAAUGGAAUUAUUUGGGAUGAUUAUUGUUCCCCCUCCCCUAAGAAAGCAGGGCACUAUAUAGGUCUGUCUGUCCCUUCCGUCACACUAUUUAGGACACAAUAACUCUGCUUCUAAUUAUAUACUGUAACUUACUGUAACUGCUGCCUUUUUUAAAUUUGUGACUUCUAAGUUAGAAUGUUCAAAUGUUGUGUAUAUGUUUUUUUAGGUAAGCGUCAUCUAUUUAGUUUGGAAUUGAGGUGAAGGAAAUCGGUCUAACUGUUGGCUUGUCUCUCCUAUUAUAAUUUCAGCAUUUGUGUUUAAACAUGUGUUCUCAUUUAUUUAUAUAUUUUUCUAGGGAGUUUGUUUUGUCCCAUUUUGAUUAACUAUUUUAUAUUUUGUAUUCUUUUCUUUUUCAAAAUGCAAUACUGUUUUAGUUUCGUGCCAAAUUUCCCUAGCUCAGUGUAUUUUGGAUAUCAAAAGAAAAAACAAUUAAAUCAAAAGUCCUAAAAUUUCAAUAUUCUGUGUGAACAAUUUUUCAUCCCCUUGAAAUUACAAUUCUUUGCAAUAUAAUGUGUGAAAUAAUAAUUUUCAUGAAAAGUUUUGUCUCCCAUAUUAAAUGUCUUUUCUUUUAUCAUAAGAAGUCAUGUCUCAAUCAACAUUUCUAGAAUGUGCGCAAAAAAAAUAAUUGACUCAGAUGGAGGUUAUAAAUAAAAAAAAUAAGAUGGAAAUGAAAUUAAGAUACCAGAAAUUGAUAAAGGGAUGUACAUACUCAAAAGGGGUAGUAUCUAAAGUGAAAAGACUGUUUGCAUGUUUUUAAGUUUGUGUAAUUCGAUAAGCAAUUACGUGAUAUUUUAUGGCCUGAAAUCAGAUUUGUAUUGAUAUUUAGUCCAGCUAUAAAAAAUAGUGCCAUCAAGUCCUGUCUAGUCUAUGUCAAGUACUAGUUAUAGCAACCCAUCUAGAAAUUUCUCAAUAUUUUUCAUCUAGAUUUUUUAACUUCAUGUACUUCAGGCGAAUUGUGAUAUCAUUGUUGAUCUAUUUCAACUUGUUUUGAUUAAGUAUGAAAAUGGGAGGUUGUAAUAUACAACUGUACAUAUGUUCAUCAUGUAUCUUGUUAUAUUACUGUAUCCAUGACUUGUAUAAUAUGUAUUAUGCAUGUGAUAUAUAUGUAUCCUAUAUUAACUGUGAUUGUAUAUCAUUAAUCUUAAAUAUGUGUUUGCUUUUCUGAAACCACAGAAAAAUUCAUUUGGUUAUAAUGUGCAAUAUUGUAUGAAUAUGAGGUGCUAUUAACUUCCAGAUAGAACUAAUCUCAAAUUACUAUUUUAUGGCAUCUAUAGACUACAUUAAAAAGGAAAUGUGACAGAAAGCCAACAAAAUUUUCAUUUUCAAAAGGAAAUGGAAUUGUAGAUUAUCUUUAGAAUUCGAUUUUCACAAAGACAAAUGAUAUAUAUCAAACCAAUGGGCAAUGCAGGCACAUAAAUUUGUGUUGUGAAAUCAAAAUGAACUAAUGUAAGCUUCAAAUAGAAUUGGAUGAUUUAAAUAAAUUUUCUUAAGAUUACUUCCAUUUGUGUAUGAUUUUAAUCUAUAUUUGACCGUUAAUCUGACAUGUUGUCCAUUUAAUAAAUUAUGUUCAGACAGCUUUUGACUUUAGUAAGUUAUGUACAGUUCAAAAUCUGUUGGGUUAUUUGUAAAGUGGUGCUUUAUACUUUGCUAGAGCAAUGUCUUGUUUUGUUAUUCAUUGUAUGUUAUCCUCUUAUUCAGUGUGCCAAAAUGCUCCGGCUAAUAUAUUUAACAUUAUCCAAAUUAAAAUGUUUCAUUAAUGAGGUAUCCUGUGCCAUUAAUAUGUAUUAUUUGAUCGGUUGUUUAAAUGAUUUUUUUCACAAUAACCACUUUCAUAGUCUUCGAUCUGUUAACUUUAUUAUUAGAACAAUUUUUGAGUGCACAGUGCACCUUUACCUGGACAAUUCAUCUGUAUUAGAAUUCAUUUUAUCCUUCCAUUUUAUUGAUAUUAUCUUUUUUGCAUGUUAUUUCAUGUAUUUAUAGAGUUUAUGAAAUAGUAGAUUUGACUAGAGUUUAUUUUGCAUGCUUAUUUUAGUGUUUUUUUAGAUGAAUUUAUUAGCUACAGUUUGUACACCUUCUGUUAAUUUAUCAAAGAAAAGAAGAAAACUAAGACUUUUACAAAGCCUAAUUAUGAGCUAAUAAAUAAUACAUUAUCUUUAAUUUGUAUCCUAAUGUUUUAGAUAUUUUUACAAUAACUGUCAACAAUCUUUAAUAGCAAAAGAUUUAAAAUGGCUGGACAAUAAGGUUGAUUUCAUGGGCAUUUAUAUAAUAAUUUGUGUCAUUUUGUUUGUGGACUGACAUUCUUUUAUUGAAAUUUUUAGUCUUGAUAAAGCCAGUGUAUACAAUUUUGUGUUCCACUGUGAGCCAAAUAUAAAACAAAAAUGAGUAAACAUACUGCAUGAUUUUUCAAAUGGAGCUUUCCCCAUCAAAAUAACACAUUAAAUCAACUCUAUUCAAAGAUCUAAAUUAAAGAUGGUAAGUUUAUUUAAUUACAACAACUAGUUGUGGUUUGUUUUUUUUAAAAAAAUGGCUUAUUUGAUGUCAUAUACACCAUUCAGCUCAAAUUUCACUAAACAGAAUUUUUUGGGGUCUCAAAGGGUUUUACAUUUAUUUCACUUCUAUUCUUUGUCAAAUCUAAAAUAUGUCUGUUUACUUAAAUGUAAAUGCAUUAUUGUAAAAUGUGGGAAAAAAAUAAAAUAUAUUUUUACAUGGUUA